CAGUCACUAAGCGAUCGUCCGACAGUUAACAACAAAUCGCCAGCGGGGGCCAAAAAAAUAAAUCAUAAACCCUUCAAACAAAGCGCGCGCGAAUUUCGUAAAUCCUUGCAACACCGCAAGUGUGAAAAUUAAAUAAUUAAACAAGCAAAUGGUCACAAAAGCUAAACAGCGUUGAUAGCUUCUGCUAAUUCUGGCCUUAUAAUCGCACCAUCGAGCAUAUCUGUAAUUAACGCGGCUGUGUGAAAACUCACUUUUUGGCGUCAAUGUCGAGGACAAGCGAUUGGAUCAAGCGAUUAAUAUAAUUUCUUUAUAAUUUCCACUAAAGUUCACACCAAAGCAAAUCGGGCCAAAGAUGGCAGAUAAUAAAGGAUUUACCCCAGAUGGGCAGACAAACCUGCCAUCGGCGCCACCAGCAGCCGAGAACCCGCCCUCGUACACCAACGCCACGCUGAGCGACUUCAACUCGAAAUCCAACUUGACAGACAAGAACCAGCUGUCGCUGUCGGAGGAUCCUUACCAUCCCUUCGAGAACCGCGAUCCCAAUGGAGCCAGUGCCGGAGGCGCCUUGGCGCACUUACUUAAGAGUUCCCUGGGAACGGGAAUUUUGGCUAUGCCCAUGGCGUUUCACAAUGCCGGGUUGGCUUUUGGAAUGGCCAUGACGCUGAUCGUCGGAUUCCUCUGCACCCACUGCGUACAUAUUUUGGUUAAAACUUCGCAUAACAUUUGCCGGGAUGCCAAAGUUUCAGCUCUGGGAUUUGCUGAAACGGCAGAGAAGGUCUUUGAGUACGGGCCAAAGGGGAUGCGUCCCUACUCCAAUGUUGCCAAACAAUUCGUGGAUAUCGGUCUGAUGGCCACGUACUAUGCGGCGGCAUGUGUGUAUAUCGUAUUUAUUGCAACAUCUUUCCACGAUGUUAUUAACUACGACUGCGGCAUCAACUGGGAUGUGCGCAUUUACAUAGCCCUAACCGUGAUUCCCUGCCUGUUCAUCGGUCAGCUCAGGGAACUCAAAUGGCUGGUGCCGUUCUCGAUGAUGGCAAACAUCUUUAUUGUUGUGACAUUCGCGAUCACGCUGUACUACAUGUUCGAUGAGCCGCUGGUCUACUCCGACAAGCCCCUGAUCGCCAAGGCUGCCAACAUUCCGCUCUUCUUUGCCACCGUGAUAUUCGCCAUGGAGGGAAUAGGUGUUGUGAUGCCCGUGGAGAACUCGAUGAAGAAGCCUCAGCACUUCCUGGGAUGUCCUGGUGUUCUUAACACGGCUAUGAUCACUGUCGUCUCACUCUAUGCCAUCAUCGGAUUCUUCGGAUACGUGAGAUUCGGCGAUCAGGUGCGAGGCAGCAUCACGCUUAAUCUGCCGGAAGGAGCCUGGUUGGGAGAUACAGCGAAGCUCCUGAUGGCCGUGGCCAUCCUCUUCACCUUUGGCCUGCAGUUCUAUGUACCCAAUGAGAUCCUCUGGCGUAAGAUCGGUCACAAGUUCAGUCCCGAAAAGCACAACAUUACGCAGAUCCUGCUGCGCAGUGGCAUUAUCCUGCUGAGCGGUGGUGUGGCUGCUGCUAUCCCCAAUCUGGAACCCUUCAUCAGUCUGGUCGGUGCAGUGUUCUUCUCUCUGCUGGGCAUCUUCGUGCCCAGUUUCGUGGAGACCGUUUACCUGUGGCCAGAUCGUCUAGGUGUUUGCAAGUGGAAGCUGGUCAAGAACAUCUUCCUGGGGGUGUUCUCCAUCCUUGCUCUGGUUGCCGGUGCCGUCGCCAGUAUCAACGAGAUCAUCGAAAUGUACAGCGGCGACGAUUAAGGUUUCCAAAGGUUCACUUCACGUAGUAUUAUACUAGAUGCAGGUAGCUCCCAGUAAUGGAAGCGAGAUAAAUGAUGAGUAUGAGUUCAAAAAGCAGGCAAAGCCCACAUCCACAUCAGACCCAACUUACGGCCAUGUUGAACAUGGUAAGGCGGCUCGGAUGCCAAAUUGCCGAUGCCGUUGACUGCAUGAACAAGAUGAUAUUAAGUUUAAGUGCUCUGUUACACAAACUAAGCUGCAAUUCAUAGAAUUUAUAAAUGUUAUUAUGUUAAGUUGCCCAGCAUUCCAAACCAUAAAGAGAACAGUUCGAAAAAUACAA